GCGUGGAGUCGCGGAGCGGAGCCCCGAGAGGCCGAGAUGCAGCAGCCUCAGGGGCAGGCGUCGGCGCUCGCGGUGGCGCCGUCGGCGUCGGCGGUGGCCCAUCCGAACGAUCCGGCGGGUGGCGACGCGCCGCCGAAGCAGGUGGCACAGGCAAUGGAGCGUCUGGGCCGUGCGGGGCGGCUCAUCGCGGAAAUCCGGCUCGGCGCGGACCGCCUCCUCGAGGCCCUCUUCGUCGCCGGCGGCGCGCCCCCGUAUAGCGCGCCCCAGCACAUCGACAGGACUUCGCGCGCUAUCGUCCAGGAGGAGGCCGCCAUGCGCCGCCACUUCCAGGACCUCCGCGCCCUCGGCAGGCAAUUAGAGGAGUCUGGAGUUCUUAAUGGGGCCCUUAAAGCUCGAGGAAAUUCAUGGGGCUUGCACAUGCCACUUGUUUGUCCAGAUGGUGCUGUUGUAGCUUAUGCUUGGAAGCGUCAACUGGCAGGUCAGGCAGGUGCAUCUGCUGUGGACAGAACUAGGUUAGCUUUAAAGGCCUUCACUGACCAGAAAAGAAGAUUCUUUCCUCAUCUAGAAGAUGAAGUCCUUAGCCAUCUCCAUGAUGGUGAGCCUGGUGUCACCAAAAAACCAAGGUUGUCUGCCAGUAAUGGAGAGCUUAAGGAAGAAUCUUUAUCUGAAAUACUGAAAAGUCUGGAAAAUGAAGUGCCUAACAUGAAAAUAUUCACAUACCGGCAUCUGGAUUGGUCUAAAAGAGCUUUGUCAUUAGCAUCUCUGAUGGAUGAUGAGUUUGUGGAUCCAUCUAAAGAGUUAAACCUGCAAAAUAUGGGCAAAUCGAGAUCCACUGCUCUGACAACUUCCAUAGACCAGGUUGCAGUGAUUGAGUUGCUGGUUCCUUCAAUAUUUCGGGCUAUAGUGUCGUUGCACCCUGCUGGAUCUACUGAUCCUGAUGCAGUGGCUUUCUUCUCUACCACCGAGGGAGGAAGCUACCUUCACGCAAGAGGCACGUCAAUGCAUCAUGUAUUUAAGCAUGUUAAGGAGCAUGCUGACAAGGCAUUGCAGUACUUUAUCAGUGUGGAGCCCAGUAAAGCACUAUCUCUGUUUUUGCGUUGGAUUGCCAGCUAUCAGACUCUGUUUACAAAGGUUUGCAGCAAAUGCAGACGGCUUCUGAUGAUGGACAAAUCCUUGGCUUUGCUUUUGCCACCAGUGCACCGCCCAUAUCACCAGACUUCAAAUGUUGGCCCAGAUCUUCAGGAGGCCUAUCACAUUGGAUGUUCUUCCUAUGAGGGCUAGCUAAUGAUUCUUACGAACACUCAAGACUCAUUAAGAUAGCAUAGAUUGGUUCCAACGCUGUCACCUAACAGAGCACAUGUGCAAGAAUCGUUCGGUGUAGAACAUUUUUUUGGGGGACAUGCAACAUAUCUGUUGAGAACUGAAGGUUGUUGUUGCUUAGGUAGUUGGAUUUCUACCUGUAAUCUGACUUUAACACCCCCCCCCCCCCAAAAAAAAAAAAA